CCAAAAAUGGCGGCACAUAGACAGUAAUAUUGCUAUGAGUAUCAGUAUCGAAAUAGCCAGAAUCGGGAAUUAUUGUAUCAAAUAAAAAAGCUGGCCAUGGUGUCGCGUGUAUCGCCUAUAAUUUUUAUACCGUGAAAGCGGUGAAACAUCGAUUACUUUCGGUGUAAGCCUGGUAUAGAGCGGAAUUUGCAGCGGUGUCGUUGAUUUCCCAUGUUAAAAGUCGAAUUGCAAAGUUGAUUUUUGGCGGUGAUGAUCACAGAUAAAUGAUAAUCACAGAUAAAUGAUAAUCACAGAUAAAUUAACGCUCACCGCAAAUUUUUUGCAAUAGCUGUUUUUCGGCUUAAAAACGGCGUUUUACUCGUUAAAUUCCCUCAUGACACUUGCCAAGCUCGCCGGAAGUCAACACGUGCGCGCGAACAUAAAGCAAUCAGCAAAACACAGAAGUAUCAUAUUCAUAUUCAUAUCUCUAUAUAGCGUAUGCGUAUCCACAGGCACCAUUAUUUGUAACACUGUUCUUCAUUUAAAGAAUAUUUAUUCAGGACAAUUACAAGUGCUGUCAUGAAAUGAGGAUUAGAGGUGGCAAUGUCAUUUUCAUAGCUCUACUGGCACUUCUCUUUUUUGUGACCAUAAAACUAUUUAAAACUGACUACCAAACAUGCACGCCUAUUUCUGACCCAGAAAAAUUAGAACUAAGUAAAAGAUUACAGACACUUGCAAAGAACAUUCUGAAAGUACAAGAAGACUUUGAAGCCUCAUCACACAAUGCCUACUUAUUAGGAUUUCAAUUGAAUAGAGUAAAUGAUAUUUUGAAACUUCUUGACAUUGAUCAAAACCCAAUCACUAAACCAAAAGCAGCAGAACUGAAAGCACUAAAAACAAAAACAAGAAAAGAAGAGGUUUGCCCAGAAAUAUAUGCUGGAGAUGAUCUUGGUUAUGGUGCACCAUAUUAUCGUAAAGGCUAUGCUCGUGUCAAAUGUCACAACUUUGUCCCUAUAAAUGAACUUUUAACCCUACUAAUGUACAUCCCUCAUGAACAUCCUAAACCUGCUAUGAGUUACCUUAGCAUGAUGACAACAAUCUCCAAUGACUACCCUGAAGUGCAGGUUAUUUUAGCAACUGAGAAAGAGUUGAAUAAGGAUACCGUAGAAAAAAUAUCCAGUUUAAAAAUAAAGUUCAAAAAUGAAGUGAUCAAAGGAAAUAAAGGAAGCAUGUGGGCAAAAUUACUGGAGCAAGUGUCAACACCAUAUGUAUUAAUAGCACCUUAUCUAACCCACUUUGAUGAUGAUAUUGAUUUGUAUCGAUUGGUGCGAGUUUUAAGCUAUCGUGAUGAUGUAUCAGUAGCAGGAGGAAGUUAUCGGAAUUUAACUGGACACUGGGACCUUGGUUGUCGACAGUUAUCCUUCAACUACUGGACAGCUAAGUACACUGCUGGAUAUUAUAGGUCCUUUAAUGAAUGUGUGGUGUGUGAUUAUCUUGCAGGACCAUUUGUAGCUAAAACAGAAUGGUUGCAAUCACUCAAGAUUGAUGCAAGUCUAUCAGAAGGACUAUUUCAUGACCUCUUUUGGAGAUUUAAAAAGCAACAGAACCUUGCUGUUGUUUGUGCUGAUGUAAUGUUCAAUAUGGAUACACCAUUUGUGCCGAAUGAAGCAUUGGUAGACUUGGCUAACAAGCAUAAUAUUAAGAAAAUUGUUUCCAGCGAUGGCACUGUGAAAUGGUAUGGUUGUAGACGUGGUCUGAACUAUACCAAUAAGACUGGAUGUUCAUGGAAGAAUGGUAUUGGUGUACCACCAUGUGAUCUAUGGAAUUUAGGAGAACUUGUGAAGUUUGUGAUGCAGGUGUGUGAAGAUAGCAACAUGUUCUGUGAGUAUGCUGCUGGAGAUCUAGUUGGUGCCUUUCAUUUUGGUUCUACCCGUGCAUGGGGGAAGAAUGCUGAAAUAUAUUUUGAAACCAAGGACUUCAAUGAUUUUAACAAACUUCGAGCAAAGUUCGAGAGCGCCGGUUUUGUAUUCCAGUCGAACAAGGCAGAAGCUGGUUUAGGGAGUAUUACUAUAUCGACUACAAACUGGAAAAUAAUUAUGUAUGGUCGAAAAUCACUCGAGAUCAGGCAAAUGGUUCAACAAAAUCAACUACCUACUAAGAUUCGCUUGAGUGGUGCCUGGAUAACAGUUCCUCGUAAUCCUGGGAUGAUUGCUAGAGGACAUUUUCUGGAAUCUGGCAGAACUAAGUAUCAUGACGGAGAGACAUAUUCUACGGCAGCUCCUGCAAAAUGCCCAAAUCCAGACCAUUCAGCAUGUCUACAUCAAUAUCCAGCGGGUGGAAAUGUGCAGUUUCUUGAUAAUAUGCCGUAAGAUUGUCACAUCACUCCUCUUUUCAAACAUUUUGCUUCGGUUUUUAAGUGGUUAUAGGCCAUCGGCCUAAGGAGUAAGGUCAUUAUACUUAUUCAAAAGAUAAAAGAGUGGUCUUUGGUCUUUGGUGCUAUAUGCUGCGUGAUCUUCAUGGCUGGCAAAUCAUGGAUGUUUCUCGAAGACAUCUGGGCAAAUCCAGUAUCAAAGGGAGACUUGGUAUUCUUCGAGAUCGCAUAAUUUCAAUGUUUUAAAACUGGAAUAUUUUAUUAUAAGUCACCUGCAGUUUUAAAUAUACCAACGAGUAUAUGAUUUUACAUGCACAGCCCUUUCUCGAUCAUCCGGUUUGUACCGUUUUAAGAUGCAACUAUAUUCUGGCUCUGGCUAUAAGACUUAAGAUUUAUUUAUCUGCAGAUGAUGAAUAGAAGAACGCCCACUUUGUAAACAUUUUCGAAUACACCGGAAUAUGGUAUAGUCGACCAUGGUCUAAUGUACCGUAAUAUGGUAGCUAUAUUCGACCUUGGUAAGGUCGAUAGUAAGGUUCAACCAUGGUUAGAGCAAAUAUACCGAAAAAUGUUAUACUCGAUAAUGAUAAGAUCGUAUAAUUACACCGAAGUAUGGAAGAUAUUUUACAUCCAAUAUACCAGGUAUAUUCGACCUUGGUGAGGAUGAAGAUAUUUGAUUGAGGAUUUAACUUUGAGGAUUAACUUUGAUGCACGAAACAAAUAUGGUAUAUAUAAUUGAAUGUACAAAAACAUGGUAUAUUCGACUGGAAUAUGCCGGGUCAAAUCAGGUGUAUAUAACUUACAAGUAUGGGCGUUUAGUGCAUCUUAACAUUCCUUGACCACGCAAAAUUUUAAUGGCAUUAAAUCACGCUCGGAAAGCAACCCUGCAUCCUUCCUUGCUGUAGAACUUGCAACUUAUGAAAAAACUUCAGGACAUUUAAUAUACUCUAUUUUACAUCCGGAAUUUCAAAGUCGAACCUCGGCGCGAAAAUUGAUGAGAUAAAUUCGUACAUUAAUUAUUUGCAAGACUGAUUCCGUUGAAAGCGUUGCUUUUACCCGUAUACGUGGAAAAGUGGUUUUGUGUUUUUUAGGCAGUUGUUCACUGCCACGGUGCUCCCUGGUUAUGUUGGAACGUUAUUUUUAGAGUAUAGGAACACGUAAAUAUUAAUAUAGAAUAUUAAUAUAGAAUAUUAAUAUAGAAUAUUAAUAUAAAUUUCCUUUUUAGCUUUCAAGCGCGCAAUGCGUGACGGUAGUUGAUUAUCAAGCAACUUUGAGUUGUGAUAUCGUUCUGCUUAGAAGCGAUUUUCUUUGUAAGAAACCUUUCCGAUUCAUUUUGCUUCUUUGUUAAACUAAAUCACUCCUGAAGAUGGCGAAAUAACAACUCAAAUUGACCUUGAUAAUCAACUACCGUCACGCUUUGCGAGCUUGAAAGCUAAAAGCGGAAAGGUCUAUUACGUCACAACUUUAUCAUCACCAAUUUUGAAUGCAGGCUAAUUUAGAACCUAUACUCUACUAAAAAUAUACUAAAAAUGAAUAUUAAAAAUUAUAGUUUUAUAGACAAAAGAAUUUAAUACUACCUUAGAAUAACACUAAAUAUAAUUGCUUAUCGAUGUAUUCCCCAAGUGUUGUAUUGUCUGGGCUGACAUUCAUCGACUUUAAGUCCUUGUUUAUGCCACUUUUUCUGAGCUAUCGCCUGACACACCUGACACCAAUGAUUAAAUUUUCUAUUCCAAUAACU